AGGGGGUUGUGUCAUACAGGGCGAAGUGGGGAGUAGGGUGGCUCACCGCCUUCGAGGGAAGACGGAUGAGGAGGUGUGGCGGUGUGCAGGGCCUCUACCUAGUAGCUGGCGGGGAGAGAAGCCUGGAAGAGAAGGGAGCAGAUCAUAUUGGUGGUGGUGUGAAUCAUGCGUUCAGCCCGGCCGUUCUGGGCAGAGGUGUAGGGGCACGAGAGACGCAACUGGACGCCAUUGGUGAGAAAGAAAGAACGGGAGGCGUGGUUGUCGAACUCGCGGCCAUUGUCACACUGCAGGGCACGGACCGGGCGACGAAACUGGGUGGAUACCCAGACGAAGAAGUGUGUGAGGGUGGUGAACGUGUCGGACUUCAACCGAAGAGGAAAAGUCCAAAUAAAAUGGUAAAAAUUAUCCAACAUCACCAAAUAGUAUUUAUAACCAGAAAGACUGAAUACAGGGGAGGUCUAGAGAUCACAAUGAACCAAGUCAAAAGCCUGCUCAACCCGAGAAGUAGUAAAUGGGAGACGAGUAUGUCAGCCUAACUAACAAGCAUGACAGAGGCCCUCAAAAUGUCCCUGCUACAUGAAGGAUCUAAACUGCCGGUAAGCUUGGUCAUGACAUCGGGUCCUAGAUGGUCGAGACGAUGAUGCCAAGUGAUGCGGGAGGUGGUGGAGACCAGGACGAGAGAUGGAGAUGCGCCGGUGGUAGAAGGCUGGAGCGUGUAGAGUGGCCCCAUGCUGUCACAGCGAGCGAGAGGGGUCCUGGUGGCCAGAUCCUUCACAGAAAAAACAAAGGGGUCAAAUUCAAUGGGACAAGAAUUGUCGGUGGUGAUCGACGAAUAGAAAGAAGAUUAUGGGUGAUGUGUGGGGCUACGAGAACGUCGUUGAGAUAGAACGGCCUAAGGAGAACUGAAGAACCUACUAAGGUGACCUGACCACAUGGAGAUGGUCCUGGUCCAAGGGUUGUAGAAUGACGGCCACGCCUGGCCGCCACCCCCGCGUCCGCCCUUGCUGGGGCGAAUUCCCCCGUCGGCGGUGGAAGCCGAACGGGGGGCACAACGGCCGCGGUAGGAGGGCGAGUAGGGGCACUGAUCGAUGGAGGACGAGGGGCCUACCCCCCGGAAGGCGUCUGACCGUCGGGAGGAGCGUUGUAGAGUGCCAAGGCCGUAGCGGGUGCCUCGAUCACCAUGGUGAGCUCCUCGAGGAGAAGCUCCUUCCGCACGGCAUGGAAGGUGGGAAAGGGCACGGUCCUCUUGAUGAGAGCCUUCAGGUGGUCGUAGCGAUGGCUGAGGCCAUGCAGAAGGUUCAACACCAAGGUACGGUCGGCGACCGGCUACCGAGAUCGCGGAGGGAGUCCGCCAUGCCUUUCAUCUGGCAGCAAUACUCCCCCACGAAAAAGAUCCCCUUGAGAGAACUGGUGGAACUGGGCGUCGAGGUGGAGAGCCCGAGCGUCCCGGUUCCCGAGGAACUGUUCCUCGAGGGCGAGCCACAUCUGUCAACCCGUGCUCGCUUGGUCGCGGAUAAUGUCUUGUAGCUCGACGGUGAUGGUGUCGUGGAGCCACGGGAGCACCACACUGUCCAUCAGGCACCAAGCUGGAGACGACGGGGCGACAAGGUCGGCGAGGACAUGGUCGGCGAGAGCAUACCGCCGAAGCGUGAGGACCUGACCCCCACCACCGGGAGUAGUGUGAGGACGUCGGGUCCAAUAUGAUGGACACGAGGGACCGGAUGUUGUGGAGUCUGGUGGCCUGAGCGUGGAGCGCGGCGAUGUGGUCGACGUCGAGUCUAGAGGCGAGGGGGCCUCGGGAGUGAGCGGAGGGGCCUCAUGGACGACCGGAGGAGGGUCGUGGAUGAGACGCUGCGAUGUGGCCAUCUGGGCAGUCAGAGCGGCGCCCAUGGCACGCUCUUGCUCCAGGGCGAGGGACGCGGCGCGCUCCUGAGAGGCGGCCAAGGCGGCUGGAUGGUGGCGAUUAGGGCUGGAAAAAAAGCUCGAGGCUCGUGAGCCAGCUCGGGCUCGUUAAGGCUCGGCUCGGCUCGGAGAGGCUCGAGACUCUGAACGAGCCCGAGCCGAGCCUGAUUCCAGGGCUAGCUAAAGUACUGAGCCGAGCCGGCUCGGUAAGGCUCGCGAGCCGGCUCGCGGCUCGGCCCAAAUCUUACCAGCCCACUUACCAGCGUCCGAUAGGAGACUAUGGUAGCCCAGCCAAGUGUUCAAGCUGAACAGCUGAACUGCUGAAGUGUCGACGCUAGGACCUAGAGUUUCAACUUUCAAUUCACCAUUUUGUUCUUCUUCUCUGUUGCCAGCGGCCUGCCGCCAGCCUGUCCUAUCAUCCCGCCGGCCGCCGCCCCGCUCGGCUGAACGACUCCCGCCUCCCGCGAACGCGAGUAUGCGACGCCCACAGCCGCCGUGACCGAGCCCCUUCCGUCGCUCCAGGCUGCCAGGGGCCAGGCCGCCAGGCUGCCAAUCUGCCAUCUCUGAAUUCCUCCACGCGAGUACGCGACGCACAGGACUACAGGACGCCAGGUCCAAGCUCCAGUCCGCCUGUCACUGUCAGGUUAGUGAUCUGAAGUCCAAUGCUUCUCAUGUUCUCAAAUCUCAUCCCGCAUGGUUUAUAAUUUAGAUCUUGGCUCCAUUGUUCAGAUUAUUUAAUCAUUUCUGUGCAUUGCUAAUUGCUAUGUGCCUAGUCCUAUACUCCUAUUCCUAUACGUGUGCGCAUGUGAGUACGUGAAUGGCAAAGAAAUGGCAAAGAAAUGAAUGCUAACUAUGUGCCGAUGUCCUAUACUCCUAUUCCAAACGCAUAGCUCUAGCUGUUGCCUGUUGGUGUGGGUGGCAAUUCGGACCGCAAUCAACUCUAACGCUCAUACACACAGCCACACAGGAGUGAGACCGGUGGUUGCUAACAUUCCAGAGUCCAAUGCUUGUUUAGAAUGGUUGCUGUCUCACUGUCUGACUGUUUACUUUUAUUCUAUCUAUAAUUUAUUUUUCUUUUGUCGAUAAGGAGGCUGUGGACUGUGGUUGUUCCAUUUGUCUCUGGAAUGCUGUUACUUUUCCUAAAAGCGGUUGUGUUUGUUCCAUUUUUCACUUUGUUUUCAAUGACUACAGGUUGCAACUUUUUAAGUGAUGGAAUCAGCCGUGGAAGGAAAGGGGAGGAAUAUAAGUGAUGGAACUGACUCAGAAAGUAAUUCGUUUGACAAGAGGGAUGAUAUGUCUGAAGAUGAACUGGUAGUGCUUGGUGGAAAAAUUGAUGAUUCAGCGGACAAUGUCAAUAUUGAUGAAUCUGAGGACAAUGGAAGUAAAAAAGGAGUCAAGAGAAGGCGCAAGAGGGUGCAGAUGAAGGCUACAGCUGAAAGGAGCAAAAAGGCAAAAUCUAAAGUUUGGGAUGUCUUUACUAAGGUGACUGUGCCGGAUACGACAGAGAAGGGGAAGAUGAUAUCAAAGGCAAAAUGUAACUAUUGUAAGAAGCUAUAUUCUUACAUACAAGGAUCAACAACAUCUCAUUUGUCAAGGCACAUGAGAAUUUGUGUCGUGUAUUUGAAGCAUGUGGCAAAGCAACAGGAUCAAUCUCUUCUAAAUUUGGCUCCAUCAACAGCAGGUGAAUCUGGAUCUGGCCUUCCUACUAUCACUUCUCCUAAAGAUUAUAACCAUGAGCAAGUAAAAAAACUAAUUGCUAAGAUGAUAAUAGUUCAUGAGUAUCCAUUUAGGAUGGUUGAGCAUACUUGGUUUAACAUUGUCAUGAGGUAUUUGAAUCCUUCAUAUGAGUUCAUUGGUAGGAAGACUAUAAGAGCUGAAUGUUUAAAGAUCUAUGAGUCUGAAAAAGAAUCACUAGCAAAAGUCCUUAAAGGUGUUGAGUACAUUUCCCUAACCACUGAUUUGUGGACAUCCAAUCAAACAUUAUCCUAUAUGUGUUUGGUUGCACACUACAUAGAUAAUGAUUGGAAGAUGCAAUGUCGUGUCCUGAAUUUUUUUGAAUUGGACCCCCCACACAAAGGGCCUGUUAUAGGACAAGCAGUAUAUGAAUGUGUUGCUGGCUGGAAAAUAGAGGAUAAAAUUGUUUCCAUGACUUUAGAUAAUGCCUCAAACAAUGAUGGUGCUAUUCGAGGUUUGAGGGCCAGAUUUUCAGCUAGACAAGGAAGUGCUUUUGUUGCAAAAUAUUUCCAUAUCAGAUGUUGUGCACACAUAAUUAAUUUGGUUGUUAAGGAUGGGACUGCUGCAUUGGAUUCUUUAAUAAGCAAUCUAAGAUCUACUGUCAAGUAUAUUAAAAAAUCUCCUUCUCGCCUGCAUAAGUUUGUGGAGAUUUGUAGAUCCCUAGCUUUGAAAAUUGGAGAAGGGUUGAGUCUUGAUGUGUCAACUAGAUGGAGUUCAACUUACAAGAUGUUGCAUACUUGUAUAGCUUAUAAAGAAGCCAUUGAAACAUAUGCUGAUGCAGAUUUAAACUAUAAAUGGGAACCUACAGCUGAAGAGUGGGAUUUGUUUAUUGCAAUUGAACCAAUUCUUGCAUCUUUAGCUAAAGUUACCACUGCAUUGUCUGCUUCUUCAUAUCCUACUACGAAUCUAUUCUAUCCUCACAUUGUGGAUAUAAAAAUUGCAUUGAGGGCAGCAAUGGUCUCCAAUAAUUUGAAUUUGAGAACAAUGGGUAAUGCUAUGAUGGAAAAGUUUAACAAGUAUUGGGAAGAAAAGAAUAAUGUUAUGGUGAUUGCUACUAUUCUUGAUCCAAGGUAUAAAAUGAGAUUUAUUGAGUGGUGCUUCAAUAAGAUAUUUGAUGAACAUCAAGUUUUGUUUGAAUUAGAAGAUGUUCGUAGUGAGUUAGAAAAACUUUAUGGGGAUUUUGAGGUGCAACAUAGAGAGAGAAAAGAGUCUCAAAGCAAAUCUAAUGCUUCCUCAUCUUUGAGUAUUGAAAGAUCAUGUAGUUUGCCAUCCGCUUCAUGUCAAUUUCAGUCUUUCUUGUCAUCAACUCAGUCUAACCCAUCAAAGAGCGAGUUGCUUAUCUAUUUGGAGGAGACUAAUGUGUGUUUAUCGGACAAAGAGUUUGAUUUGCUGAAUUGGUGGAAGGUUAAUUCACAUAGAUUUCCAGUGGUGUCGAGAAUGGCAAAGAAAUUCCUAACUAUACCGGCGACAUCAGUGUCUUCGGAGUCUACUUUUAGCAUGGGAGGUAGAACUCUUGAUGAUUAUCUUAGUUCUCUAAGGCCUUCAAUGGUGGAGGCAUUGGUAUGCUCUUCUAGCUGGAUCUGAGGAACACAUGAUGGAAGCAUGAUAUAUGUGGAAGAAGAUGAUGAGGACAAUGUUGAGAACAUUCUGUUUCCAAAAAGCUUGGUGGAAAGCAACUAAAUUUGGAAGAAUUGGAUGGAGACAACUACAAGACAAGCUAAGCUAAGGACGUCAAGAGUCAAGACUCAAGAGAAAAGAUGCAUCAUUUGAAUUAAUUUUGUCAUUGAAACUUUGAGAUACUGAAUAUUUUGAGCUUAUCAAUGGAUUAUGCAUUGCUCUUGUAUACUUUGAGAUACUGCUGCUGGUUUAAAAUGCCUUAUUGUAUGUUUUGAGGAGUAGUGUAUCUUCUUGUAUGUUUUGAUCUUCUUGUAUGUUUUGAGCUGAUUUUAUGGAAUAUAUAUACAACUGGAGGUUGGGCUCGCGAGCCGGCUCGAGAGCCUGCACCGAGCCAAGCCGAGCCUGAUUGCAGAGCUCGCCAGACGACCGAGCCGAGCCUGGCUCGGCUCGCUCCUGUACCGAGCCUGGCUCGGCUCGGCUCGUUUCCAGCCCUAGUGGCGAUGGUGGAGGCCAGUGCGGAGUCGGUGGAGGGCACGGGGGAAGUCCAUGUGGCGUCGAUGACGAGCGAGUGGUGGGGAAGCCAGGGGCGGCUACCGGGAGAAGCAAGCCGGCGAGAUGGGGUCAGAGGCCACGAUGGUGGAGAGGGCGCCCGUGCUCGUCGGGUACCCCAGGAGGCCGAGGGCGCCCGUGCUCGUCAGGUACCCCGGGAGAGCCCAAAGGGGAGAACGCCGGCAGCGCGCGGUGGCUGUCGCGGCUGCGAUCGCAGCACUUUGUGCGAACGCUGAAGUGGUGCAAGUCACUGCAGCAGCGCUGACCGCGACGGUGCUGGGGAUGAUGGCCGCGUCGAUGGCGCUGGCAGCUGUGGCUGCCUGCAGGGGAUCCAUCGCAUGGAGGCAGGCGACGAAGG